AUGUCGCUCAUCCGACGGUUCCGAUGCUCUCGUGCAGGCGAGCCACUCGUCUGCGGCUUCAGACUCGCCAACCAACGCCGCCAGCGUGGUCGGGGAUGCACCCACGCAGGCGAGCGAAAGCCCUCGGCGGGCAUCAUUGCCUCUUGCUCAGCUUGCAGAUGGUCUCAUCCAGCGCAAUGCGGCCCUCAAGAAGUUCGGCUCUCGCAGAGAAAGUGCUCAGCUGCCCGCGCCUCUACCUGCGGCGGGCACCAGCACCGUUCCGGAGGAGGUUGCCGAAAGCUUCAUUUCGGAUACUUCCGAGUCGGACGUGGUCGAAUGCAACCUGACGACCAGCGCCCUCUUCGGGGCCCUAUUCCAGUGCCAGCGGAGCAGCUCCUCCCAGGCGGAGCAUCGAGGCGGCCUUUGCCAGAACGCUUGCCGCCGCAUCUGCGAUUGGCUGACGCCGAGAAGUUUGGCGCCGCUUGGAAGCAGGCGAUAUCUUCGACUCGCAUCACCGCUGUACUAGAGUUGCAGAGCCCAAGACGCGACAGAAAGGGGUACUGUUAG